GACAGCCCGAACGAAAUGGAUGGUCACUCUUGGUUGCACUACAGUCACGGAACUGUCCCCCAGAACGCCGUAGUGGCUGGCCAUGAUUCGGAUGGCGACACCAUCUACGUCGGACGCGCCUUCUACUGCAACGACCUGCUGCCGGCCAAGGUGAUCCCCAAUAAGGGCAAGGCUUACGUGGCCUACGCCAACCAGGAGGUGGAGCUGGAGAGCUACGAAGCUCUCAGUGGCCAAAACUACGAGUGGCUGUCCGCGGAGAACGGAGAGGUUCCGCCCGGCGCCGUUAGCGUGGGACACAACGUCGAUGGGGAGGCCCUGUACGCGGGUCGUGGCUAUCACGCCGGAGCUCUGACCGUGGGCAAGGUGCAUCCGUCGCACGGUUGCCUCUACAUCCCCUACGACGGUGAGGAGGUGAAGAUCUUCGCCUACGAGGUUCUGUCGCGCCGCAUGAUGGCUAGAUAAGUCCGCCGAAAAACCAAUUUUGAAUCGUUAGCUGAUUUCUAAAUAAAUUUGACAAUUUUUCGUAUAAAACCCA